GGGUGCAACGGGCGGUGGGUGCGGGAGCUGUGCCGUGAGCUGCCCAUCUUCUACGGCAGCCCCGUGAGGGAGGUCCGCCACUGCGCAACAGGCGUGGAGGUGCAGACGGAGCAGCACUGCUUCCGCGGGGAUGCGGCGGUGGUGACGGUACCGCUGGGCGUGCUGAAGCGGGGGGACGCCGCGCUGCGCUUCGUGCCGCCGCUGACGGAGCGCAAGGCCGGCGCCAUCGGGCGCCUCGGCUUUGGCUCCAUGAACAAGGUGGGGGCACGCUGUGCUGCGCCACGCUGCGCCGCGCUGCGCCAUGCCUUUCUCUUCUACUCCUACACACACAUCUCGGGGGGCGCGCUGCUCAUAGCGCUGUGCUCGGGCGAGGCUGCCGAGCGGCUGGAGCAGCGGUUUGCCGGGGAGGCGGCCGGGCGGGUGAUGCGCGUGCUGCGGGCCAUCUACGAGCGGCGGGGCGUGGAGGUGCCGCCGCCGCUGCAGGUGGUGACCACCCGCUGGGGCAGCGACCCCAUGGCCUAUGGCGCCUACUCCUCCAUGCCUGUGGGCACACAGGGCGGCGCGGACUACGACACGCUGGCGGAGAGCGUGGGC